UUCACGUAAAUAUUUUAUCAAAAUGCCGUUUAAAAUUGUUCAAACAAUUGAAAGUAACGAGUUGUGCUUGUGUGUUGUUCCAUCGCGCUGGGAAAAUGAAGGAACUUUAUUUUGGCCAAAAAAAUCAGUUGUUUGGAGAUUGUGCCACGAUGAAAAUUCUCAGCCUAGUGAAAACUGGGAGAAAAUUAGUUGUGUAUUGAAGCGCGAAUUUAAUACAUAUGCUGAAGCACAGCAGGAAUUGGAUUAUAUGGAACUGAAUACUGAGACUGAAAUGGAUGAGCAACCUGAAGCAAAAAAGGUUUGUCGAAGGAAUGCCCCAACAUCCAUUGAAAAAGAUUUUAAUGAUCUUGUCACUGAUCCACAAGAAUUGGAAACCGUUACGGUAAUUUCAGGAGAACAAAUUGCUUUACCCAAUGUUGAUGUAUCGGAAGAUGAACAAAGCGCCAUGGAAGAAAAUAUCACUGAGGCGCAUUUAACAGAAAUUGAAAUAAAUGAGAUUAUUCCAGAAGCUUCACUGACGGCAAUUGUUACGAACCAGGUUCUCAUGCAUAAUAACAUACUUAAGAUAAUGAUAAGCUUAGCAAAACUGACUGCUUCUAUUGAAGUUCUUAACCAAAAAGUUUUGUCAAUGGAAAAGAAUUAUCAAACAGAGCCACAUGCUUCAACCAAAGACGUGAUGAUUAAGAAAGUUAACUCCAUUGAAGAUCUAGACCGUUUGGAAGCAGAACUGAGGGACGAAAAUAACAUGGAGCGAUAUAUUUCGAAAUUAAGCGCUAUUUGUGGAAAAACUGGCAAAUCCGAUGGAGUCACCAGCGCAUAUCGGCUGAUUGAUCAUCUAGUGACUCGCGAGAUAAUGAACAAAUGUUCCUGGACGGGCUUAGCUCGGGAUAUCGAUCUGCCAAGCAGUUCUAAAGAACCAUGUGCAGGUACACCCAAAAUUCCAUUGAAGUUUUACGCAAAGUUCCGAGAAAUGUUUUUGAGAGUUGUUAGGCUAGCAGACCAGGAUUUCCCCGAAGCCGAUUGUGAGAAAUUUUUGAAGGGAAUUAUGAAAAACAGCAAACAGAGGUUGACCGGAAAGGUUGUAUCGACGCAUAAAAACCGACCGAAGAAUUUGAAAUACGGAGACAAGAAAAAUGAGCUAAAAUAGAAGAAGUAUGUUGAUAUGCGAUUUUUUGUGAUUUUUAAUAUAUAUUUUUUUAAUUCUUAACCUAACUUAAAUGGUAUGAAACGAAGGAAUAAAAACUGUAUUUGUUGUAUCGUCAACUGGAACGGGUAUCAUUUCACACUUUAUAUCACACAAAUCGUAUUAUUAAAUCG